UUCUCCAACACCAAAUCAUCAAAGCAUCGAAACAUGUGGCCCAGAAAUUUCUUCGUGCUCCUUUUUGGAGCUGUGCUUUUAAUCACUAUAGCUAUGACUCAAGCGCAGACCGAUGAGCCAGAAGUUCCUGUUGACCCAACACCGGAAACUACGAGACCUACGCCCCCCACUAGGAGACCAACGCGCCCAACUAGGAGACCAACGCCACCAACUAGGAGACCAACGCGCCCAACUAGGAGACCUACGCCCCCCACUAGGAGACCCACGCGCCCAACUAGGAGACCUACGCCCCCCACUAGGAGACCAACGCGCCCAACUAGGAGACCAACGCCACCAACUAGGAGACCUACGCGCCCAACUAGGAGACCUACGCCCCCCACUAGGAGACCCACGCGCCCAACUAGAAGACCAACGCGCCCAACUAGAAGACCCACUCCACCAACAAGAAGACCCACGCCACCAACUAUAGCACCAGAGUAG